AUGGCUGGCUUCGCAGCCUCUAGAAAAAAGCGUUCUGCGGAGCCAGCUCAUGAUUCUCGGACAGAGUCGACUACAACUUCAGAUCCAUCGUCUUCUCAUCAGCGGCCUCCGAAGCGCCAGGCUCCCUCACCCGCUCCUAAUUCACCUCCUGCACGGGAUUUGCCAGGCUUACCUGACAACCAAAUUCGUGACCUUCUGCCUAUUGUGCCUACUUCAGCCACUACAUCGCCUUCAAACUACGGUCGUAUCAACGCGGAAAACGAAACUAACCUGGACCUGCUUGAGAGCAUGCCGAAUGAAGUCAAUCAUUACCGACAACGCAUUUUGAGGAAAAUGUCAGGCCAAACUAGCACUGCCAGUGGCGGAGAGCACCAUGAUACCACAUUUGCAGGCAAGCAUCUAUUAUUGUCAGAGGAAGCGGUCGAAAGUGCUUCCCGCUCAAGACAAAGUUCAAAUAGGGAUUCAAACACAUCCUCUCUCUGCAAUUUGCCUCCAGAGUUGAUCGAUUGCAUUCUAUCACACCUGUCUGCCACAGAUCUGCCCUCCGUUGCCGCCACUUGUCGGAAGCUUCAUAGACAAGCCAUAUCUGACAUCCAUUGGCUUCGAUGCAUCCAGCACAAUGUGCCGGGAUUAACAUUGACCAACCCCGGGCCUUGCAGCAGCUUCCGGGAGCUUUAUAUUGCACAUGAUCCCGUAUGGUUUCUACCGAAGUAUAAAAUCUGGUUCUGUGAUAGAGAUUUAACGGGCAAACUAAUCGUCGUGCGCUUCGACCCACGGAGAGGUUGUAUAGAAGGCUACCAAUUGGUAGCCGUAAGCAAUAGGAACACCUUCGAACAUUGGCCAACGGACAGCCAGGUUAUUAUUCAUGGUUUCGAGCCACAAGUCAAGCUGCAUCUUGAUAAGCCUGUUCUGCAGUUUGAUGUCCAAGACAGGCAGAAGACCGGAAAUUUUUCUGUCAGGCAGGGCGCCAACCGCUUUGCUUCCGAAAAACCCAUGGCGCGUGGAAAUCGUUCAGAUCCGAUGUUCAGUAACUUCUUACUCACCCGGCCAUUAGACCCUGAAAAGGCGGAUGAGAAACUCGCUGCUGACUACCCUUAUGAUCAUGUUUGGCCGCCACCAACCAUCCCAGCUCGUCACCACGUGUCUGGCGCAAGAUCUGGUCAAGCUGUCAUCGACCUGUCGCAAGAUGAUCGGCCCAGGUCUCGAGGUGAGGUCUCUGAUCAGACCUUCCGUAUUCGGCAGUGGAUGCAAAUGCCAGGAACGCCACCGCCGCCGAGCCUCAUAGGCGGCCAGGCUGGUAGCUUUACAGGCAUGGUGCAGGUUCUGAAUGGAUUAACCGAUGCAGACAACGUCAUGCUAGCUGCUGGUGCUAUGGGUGUCCACAUUGGUGAAGAAGUCAUCACAUACUCGACUCUUGACCCGGUCCUAUAUACACCGACGUCGACAAAGCCAUGGCGAGGUAUAUGGGUUGGCGAUUAUAGUGGUCAUGGAUGUGAAUUCCUGCUCAUUAACCAACCUGACGACCCUCAUGUCACUGAUGCCGAGCUUGGCCUGGUGCGAGACGCUGACGAGACGGACGAAGCCUGGGAAAAGCGAAGGAGGGAAGCCCACAUGUAUCGUGGCCGUCUUGAAGCAAUCAAAUUGACGGGCGAUCCCAACGUGCCGCGGGGUGAGUACACUUUUGUCUCUGAUGAUCUUGGCCCCGGAGGUUACGUAGGGGUGGCUACAGACCCUCCUUUCGCGGGGGCUAGGGUGGUGAAGAGCAAGGGACACGUUGCUGCAACAGGGUUUAUUCAAGGUAAGCAAAUGGAUCAAGAGUCUUUGAAGGCGUGCAACCCAGUAUAUUGGGAGAUGCCACCGCUGUUAGAACCAAUCGCUGACGGUAUUGGCGUCCACGCCGGCCAUGCAGACAAGUAUAUUGAAAGUCAGCUCCUGCUCAUUGGGCCGAAUCGGCUGGCUCAGUAUUGGGUUGGCUUUGGGCAUAUCAGUUUCUUUGAGAGGGUUCAGGUUGAUGACUUGAUUAUACCGUGA